UUGGCAUUGUAGAGUUGCAGGGUGCAGAGUGACGUGUGGUUCAUCUUCAACUUUGAGAAGUUGAGAGGUAAUUGAGAUAUGGCUAUGGCGGUUGCACCACCACCGAAUGCCACGAAACCCCUCGCAAUAUUCUCACCGACCACCGCCGCUAACAAAAUCGGCUUUCGCAUCUCGAGAGCGACGUCGUUCGGCAUCACCCGAGCCUCCGACCCGAAAAGUCCCAACUCAGAUGGCCAAAACCUUCCCUUGGUUCCCCAGGAGGAUUUGGUGUAUUUGGUGAAAUUGGGAGCCGGGUCGCUGGCGGGUGCAGCUGCAAUCAAGUACGGAAGCGUAAUAUUCCCAGAGGUAACAAAACCUAAUUUGAUUGAGGCAAUCGCCAUCAUAACUGCUCCUGUUGUUGUUGCUAUUGUGCUACUCAUCAAGCAGAGUCGAGUAAAUUGAAGAACAAGAAGAAACUCAUAUUGUGUGAAAGCUUUGGCUCUGUUUCUGUAAGCAGUGUAACUUUCUGCUUGGGUAAAAACAGCAAUCACAAUAUUAAGACUUCAAAAUUCCAACUUUCUUGACAAGAAAAGUUAUGGAGGA